UUUUUUGGACGGUUUAACUGAAACGGUUCGAGGUGAUAGAAGAACAGUGAACAGUGUAGCUCACUCAUUCGUAUGUGAAUGCUUUCCUUCCUACUUGAGUCCAAAUCAAACAAAAACCUUUCAAGAUUGCCUUUUUUUUACCCGAAUUGAAGCAGUCCCUAAUAGAUUAGAGUAAAUUGAGAACCUAAUAAGAUUGCUUUAUUAUUUUUUGGAUUUGAUCCAACAAAACUCCUUUAAACUGCCCCUCAGGGUUGUUUACGAAUGGAAGGCUAGGAGAAGAGGAUGAAGAUGAAGAUGAAGAAACUAAUGUUGAUGAAAGGGCACAGUGAAAAAGGGAUGCUACAAAGUGGCUGUAAAUGGUGGGUGUCCUUCAGAUUUUCACAUUCCAAGGCGGAGAUGGAGAUACCGUAUGAUUACCAUGCCAGUUUUGCCUACCCUUUUGCACCUGGAGCAGCUAGAAUAGAUCAUAAAACAUUCUACAAUGUGCUUCAGGCUUGUAAGCAUUCCUUGGAUUAUAGAACUGCAAUUAGAACCCAUGCAAAACUUGUUAUAUUUGGAUAUGGAACAUAUCCCUCUCUCCUUGCUUCACUGGUAUCAGUUUAUGCCCAAUGUGAUUUUGUCAAUCUUGCUCGCAAGCUUAUUGAUCAAAUUUUUCGCUGUUCUCAUGACCUGAUGUCUUUGAAUUUAGUCAUUGAAACUUUUAUGAAGGUUGGAGAAUGUGAUAAUGCAAAGUCUGUCUUUAACAAAAUGCCCAUCCGGGAUGUGGUAACAUGGAAUUCUAUGAUUGGUGGCUACGUACGAAAUGCACGAUCUGAGGAGGCACUAAGAUUAUUUCAAGCGAUGUUGAAAUCAAAUGUGGAGCCGGAUGAAUUUACAUUUACUAAUGUAAUCACUGGCUGUGGUCGGCUUGGAGCUCUUAAUUUUGGUCAGAGGGUUCACGAUGUGAUGAUUGAGAAAAAAAUUGAACAAAACUUUAUUUUGAGUUCAGCUGUAAUAGAUAUGUAUUCAAAGUGUGGAAGAAUUAAAGUUGCAAAGGAAGUUUUUGAUAGAGUCCAGCGCGAUAAUGUCUGUGUUUGGAACACAAUGAUAAAUGGACUAGCAAUGCAUGGGCUUGCUACUGAUGCAAUCACAGUAUUCUCAAAGAUGGAUGUUGAAAAUGUUUUACCUGAUGCUAUAACUUUUGUUGCACUUCUCACAGCAUGUAGCCAUUGCGGUCUGGUUGAGCAGGGAUGCAGUUACUUUGAUUUGAUGACCAGUCGGUAUUCUAUUCAGCCACAAAUAGAGCACUAUGGAGCCAUGGUUGACCUAUUGGGUCGAGCUGGGCUCAUACAAGAGGCUUAUGACAUAAUUAGGGCCAUGCCAAUUGAACCAGAUGUUGUUAUAUGGAGGACGAUUCUUAGUGCUUGUAGAAUUUACAGAAAGCCUGAAUUGGGAGAAGUUGCCAUUGCAAAUAUACAACAACUCAAAAGUGGAGAUUAUAUUUUGCUUUCAAACAUCUAUUGCUCCCUAAGGAGAUGGGAGAGUGCUGAAGGAGUGAGAGAAGUGAUGAAAAAGCAGGGAGUUAGAAAACAAUACGGAAAGAGUUGGGUUGAGUUAAUGGGCGCUAUUCAUCAAUUUAAGGCUUGUGAUCGGUCACAUCCUGAUGCAAAGGCAAUAUACAGGGUUUUGGAGGGUUUAAAUCACAGGAUCAAGCUGGAGGGGUUUAAUCCUAUGACAGAGUUGGUUUUGAUGGAUGUCUCUGAAGAGGAAAAGGAAGAAAAUUUGAAUUGUCACAGUGAGAGGUUGGCUUUGGCCUUUGGGAUCUUGAAAACUAGUCCUGGAACAGAAAUUAGAGUCUCAAAGAACUUGAGGAUCUGUUAUGACUGUCAUUGUUGGAUAAAAAUGGUUUCAAAAGUAUUAAGCAGAGUGAUAAUUGUGAGGGAUCGGAUACGCUUCCACCACUUUGAAGGUGGUAUCUGUUCUUGUGGAGAAUAUUGGUAAUUAGUACCUUGAAUAUGUGAUAUGUGCAAAAUCGAUUUUCACUGUGUUGGAAGCAUAAGAAAACCAGGCUGUUGAGCUCUUAUGUUUGAUAAAGUAAUGUUGGCUUGUGCUGCUCACUCCAGUCCCAUGCUAGUUGCCUUGUGCUAACCUACAGACCUAUCUGAAUUUACUGAAGCUAUAUGCAGAAUCAGUACUUCCUGGAGUAAAUGGAUUGACAGCUUCAUUGGACACUACCAGUUCUUUGAUCUUGUUAUUAAUUCAGAUUUAAGUGCAAUAUCUAAGGUAAGUUAUGAUUUUUUCCUACUCAUUUGUUCUUUUUCAUAUGUGGUAAUGAUGAUAUAUUUUUUGCUCUAUGCAUCAAGGUAGUUUUACCUUGGUAUGUGUUUAACUAUUGGCGAAAUUUUAUAAUAGGGAACUAACAGAAACCCCCCUCACAUUUCAUUUUAAGAUGUCUGUUUGGCAUGGAAAUGGUUUUUUAAUUUUCUAAUAUUAAGAAAUUAAAUAGAAGAAUAGGGCAUCAAAUUUGGUUAGGGUUUUGAAACAGAUGUGACACGUGCUGUUUGUUUGCAUUAGUUGUUAUAAAUAUGUCAAUGAAGUACUAGUAAAUUCUGUCAUGCCAAAUUAAUAACUAUUUUCUUAACUUUAAAUUAUUAGAACAGUCAUUUGGAUAAUGUAUGAUUUUUUUGUGUGACACAUACUUCAAAAGAAAUUUAUUUUAAAAAAAAAAAAAAGGGUGAUCUACUUUUGUUUUCAAAAUAAUAAUAUUGAGUUGCAUAUUGACUUUCUAAAAUUAGGCAUCAAAGGUUUCAAACCUACAUAUACAUACGUUUUGCUAAGUACAAUUUUGGAUCAUGAUAGCAGUUUGUUUUCGCCAAGCUCAUGCUUUUAGAUAAAAGAUUGUUGGCAUAUCAGCUUGUAUUUAUCUUAAUUAUAAUUAUAGAUUAAAAAAACAACAUUUUCAAAACUGAUCUAACUCUUUAAUGAGCUCAAUGCUAUGGUAGAAUAAUGCAUACUUGUUAGAUAAUAAUGUUGUUAGUUUGUUGAGAAAAAGACUUUUCCCGGAUCAUAAGAUGCUUAUAAAUUAAGCUCAGGCUUUGAGGAGUAGAAAGGCAGAAACAAAGGUUAAUAAAGAGAAAGAAGAAAAAGAAGCAAUAGCAUAUUAUUCUUUGCCCUUUGUUUUUGAAAGGGAUCCUUGGAGAUGCAAAGAUGAUAGGAGGCACUUUUACUGGUCAUGGAGGUGGCCAGACUGCAUUUGUUGUGUUUGCUGGUAUAGUUGCUGCGAUGGGUGGUCCCAUAUUUGGUUAUGAUCUUGGAAUUUCAGUUCUAGGUGCUUUCUAAGUUAUUGUAGGUGGAGUCACCUCCAUGGAAGAGUUCCUGAACAGGUUCUUCCCCUCAAUAGAAAGAAGCAAAAAGAGGGAGUCAGGUCAUGCUAAUGCAUAUCGCAAAUUUGAUAACUACCUCUUGACACUGUUCACCUCUUCGCUUUAUCUCACCCCGGAUGGCUUCCUUUUUUGCUUCAUCAGUUUCAUGGAUUUUUGGGUGAAAGCCAGCUAUGUUUUUUGAAGGCCUAGUUUUUCUCAUAGCUCUAUCUUAAAUGGUGUUGCCCAAAACAUUACAUUACUGAUAGUCAAGUCAUCUCUUGCUUGGUGUGGGUGUUGGACUUGCUAAUCAAUCUGUUCCAGUAUACCUGUCAAAGAUGGCACCGACAAAGAUUAGAGAAGCACUCAACAUGGGCUUUCGAAUGGCCACCCAAUUGGUAUUCUUAUGGCUAACCUUGUUAAUUAUGGCACUAACAAGAUCAGUGGCGAUGGGGCUGGAGACUCUCUUUGGGUCUUGCAGGCAUCCCUGCGGCUGUAAUGACUGUGAGCCCAAUCUUCUAGCCUGAGACUUUGAAUUCUAUCCUUGAGAGAAGCCACCUUGAGAGAGGGAAAAGUAUGUUGCAGAAGAUUCAUGGCACCAACAAUGCCCAUGAUGAACUCCAAGACCUUAUUGAUGCAAGCAAGGCAGCAAAGAAAGUGACAAAAUCCAUGGAGAAAUAUCAUUCAACCCAAAUAUAGGCCUCAACUUGUAAUGUGCUGCCUCAUAUCAUUCUUUCAGCAGCUCACUGGUAUAAACAUUAUCAUGUUUUAUGCUUCUGUUCUAUUCAAGAGCCUGGGUUUCAGAAACGACUCUUCGCUUAUGUCAGCAGUCAUUACUGGUGUGGUUAAUGUUGUUGCCACCUUAGUUUUUAGUUUCAAUGGUCGCAGUCGAUAAGCUUGGCAGAAGGAUUUUGUAUUUUUUUUUUUUUUUUUUUUUUUUUUUUUUUGGGUAAUAAGAAGGAUUUUGUUACUUGAAGGUGGCUUACAAAUGAUCAUUUGCCAGAUUGCUGUUGGAUCCAUGAUUGGCUUGAGAUAUGGUACCAAUGAACAAGGAUCACUGGCGGAUUCCAAAGCAGAUUUGUUAUUACUCUUUAUCUGUGCCUAUGUAGCAGCAUUUACUUGGUCUUGGGGUGUCCCAUUAGGUUGGUUGGUUCCUAGUGAGAUUUGUCCAUUGAAAAUUCGAGAGCAGCUGGGCAAGCCAUCAACGUUUCAAUGAACAUGUUAUUUACCUUCUUAUCACAGAAGGCUUCCUAA